GAAAGGAAAGCAUGAAGCAUAAGAGUAACCGGGUACUUUGUGAUUUGUGAACAAAGGACAAUCACGGGGGGCAUAAUCAGGAGGUGGAGUGGAGUGGAUUGCAGGCAACUCUGCGAAUCGAGCAGGAAGAUCCAACCAAGAUCCAAUUACGGCAUUGGUACUGGCUGAAGUCACUAAUGCACUAAAGAAGAAGCAAGCUUUAUAAUCGGAAAUGGAAAAGGAAGCAAAGAAGGAAGCUUUCAGGAAGUAUUUGGAUUCCAGUGGAGUUCUUGAUGCUCUGACCAAAGUUCUUGUCGCGCUAUAUGAACAGAGUGAUAAACCUUCCUCAGCGAUGGAGUUCAUCCAACAGAAAUUAGGUGGUCCAACUGUGGCCGAGUAUGAAAAGCUACGAGCUGAAAUAUCUGAUUUGCAGAUAAGAUUUAAUGAGCUUUCGGCAGCACACCAAGAUAAAUGUAGGGAGCUGGAAGAAUUGAAGAACUCACAUGCAGAGGGCACUUCCAAACAGAUGAUUGAGGAGGGAGUUUCAAAAGAGGAUACUUGAGAAAGCACAACAAAAUUUAAUCCAGUUUGUGAGGAGUGUACAUGUAUCUGUAAUGGAUCUAUUUCGUAAAACAGUGUGAUGCGUAUGCCGGUUUCUUAGUUCUAUUUUAUUCAUCUCUUAACUACUGUGAUCUGUGAGAGAUCACUGCUGAGUCGGUUUGUCUGCUAACUGGAAAUAUGGCAGGCAAAGCUGCUGACAUGUAUCACCUUGACUCGGUCCAUCAAUUUUGUCUAUACCACUUCUCCAGCACUGCACUCC